AGUGUUCGUUUUGCUGUCAGAAGGUUGUCAAUAAUUUAGGAAUAAUCUCCUUUAAAAAAUAAAAAAAGAACUUCAAAUAUUGUAGAAUUGAGUGAUCAUUAGCAUCUUAGGAAAUGGAAAUAAAGUGGACGCCGUGGUUCGGAGUGUCGUGGAAGAGACGAUUCGAAGUCUUUUCCGCUUUCUGUUUCAUCGUUAUUAUCCUUUUUAUUGAAUUGUUUUGUGUAAUUGUUUUCUCAUCGAUUUUUUAUUAUGGUGGAACAAUCGGAAAAGGACUUUGCAUCCUUUAUUUGAUUUUCAUUUACAUCGACAGAAAGGCGGAUGAAGAUUGCAGUAGAGGUCAAGGUUACGAGUUUCUUCGUGGUUGGUUCAUUUGGAAGCGUUUUACUGAAUAUUUCCCUCUCACACUUGUCAAGACUGUUGACAUUCCGGCAACAAAAAAUUACAUCUUUGCAUGUUUCCCUCAUGGUGUGAUAAGCUGCGGGAUAUUUGGACAUUUCGUGACAUCAACAACAAAUUUUGGUGAACUCUUUCCAGGGAUUCGAACGAAACUUUGCACAUUAAAUUAUCAUUUUUUUGUUCCAAUUUUCCGUGAAAUUGGAUUGGGAUGGGGAAUGAUGUCAGCUAAAAGUUCAGCCAUUAAGAUAGCUUUGACACAACCAAAUAGUAAAGACGCGCCAUGUAAUGCAGAUGGUUACACUUCGAAUGCUCCUGUGUUAGUUGUUGGUGGAGCAAGAGAAUCACUUAAUGCACGUCCAGGAAUUUACAAGCUGGUACUCAAGAAUAGAAAAGGUUUCAUCAAAAUUUCAAUCGUCACUGGAGCUCCGAUUGUUCCAAUAUUUUCCUUCAAUGAAGUUGAAGUUUACGAUCAAGUUUCAAAUGAACCUGGAACGAAAUUCCGUAAAUUUCAAGACUUUGUAAAGAAGCAUACGGGAAUAGCGCCAAUAAUAUUUUUCGGUCGAGGCUUUCUUCAAUAUUCAUUUGGCUUGACUCCACGACGACGACCAAUUUUCACUGUCAUUGGAGCUCCAAUCGAACCUGUGAAAAAUUCAAAUCCAUCAAUGUUAAACUUGCAAAUCAUGUUAGAAAAAACAUCAACGUGGUAUUCCAAACACGUUAAAUUAGCUGAUGAACUUAAGAAGAAUGUCAUCGCUUUGCUAUACAAACCAGAAUUUAAGGAAUCUAUCAAGAGUGGGCUUGAAGUUUUCAGCACAUUUAUCUGGUCCAACAUGGUCUUGUAUUGGGAACUUUCUUGUAUUAUUUUAUACUUUUUCUUAUUCCUUAAAGGUGGAGUUAUUGGAAAAAUGAUUUGUAUUUGGUAUGCAACUCACAUGUACGUUGAUAGAAAAGCGCCAGAAAAUGGUGGACGUGGUCAAGGAUAUGAAAGUAUCAGAACAUGGAGAUGGUUUCAUUAUUUCACAAAUUUCUUUCCUGUUUCAAUCGUUAAAACUGUCGAUUUACCACCCACAAAAAAUUAUUUGUUUGCUGUCUUUCCACAUGGAGUUAUCAGCGUCGGAGUGUUCUGCAAUUUCUGUACCAGCACCACAAAUUUCCGUAAACUUUUUCCAGGCAUACGCUCGAAAGUCUGCACUUUAAAUUAUCACUUUUUCAUUCCGUUUUACCGAGAAAUAGUUCUAGCAUGGGGAAUGAUGUCAGUUAAUUAUAAAAGCAUCAUGAAUGGACUUUCAAAGUCAAAUAACAAACAUGCAGUUUGUAACUAUGACGGCUACACGUCAAAUGCAAUUGUUUUGAUUGUCGGUGGAGCACAAGAAGCAUUAAAUGCCCGACCGGGCGAUUAUCGACUUGUCCUUAAAAAACGAAAAGGAUUUGUAAAAAUUGCAAUUCAAUCAGGAGCUUCUCUCGUCCCUGUUUUCUCAUUUGGAGAAAUUGACAUCUUAAAACAACCAUCCAACGAGCCUGGCACAAAACUUCGUAAAUUCCAAGACUUUGUGAAGAAAGUCACUGGAAUUGCACCGGUCAUCUUCUAUGGACGAGGAUUUUUCUCUGAAAGAUCUUUUGGAUUCCUUCCUUAUCGUCGUCCAAUAACGACAGUCGUUGGUGCGCCCAUCGAAGUCCUUAAAAAUUCAAACCCCACUCAUGAAGAAAUUGAUGAUAUUCACGGAAAAUACAUGGAAGCGCUUGCAAAAUUAUUCAACGAUCAUAAAGAUAAAUACGUGAAAAAUGCUGACAAUGUUAAAUUAAUCAUUGAAUGAAAGCUUAGAAGUCGCUGUCGUUGACAUUAUUUCUGUUAGUUGUAGUUGAAUCGUCGUUAAAAAUUGGAAUAAAAAUUUGUUUGAUAUCGUGAAA